AUGGUGGUCGUCAAGGUUGGAGUUCAAAUCCAAUUUUUGGUGCCUUUUUACUGGAGCGAAGGGGGACAAAAUAACCAAGGGCCCAGCGACACAGCCGAAAGCUUUGCCAGAAGGCUCCCUCCGCUGACCAAAAUCCCCUUCUGGGUUGUUCAAGAUCCAUCAAAAGAUGAUGCUGCCGCAAUACGCCGACGACAUGUAGCGCUAAAAGUCAGGAACACCAUCCUCACCCCAAACCUCAAUGACAAUGGCAAGGGGCCCCUAGUCAAGACAGCGAGAUCAAAUCCCAUCCCAGGACCGAACAGCACCCGGGACAGAUGGUGCAUCCAUCAGGAAGAAAACUGCAUACGAGAAGCGAAGACAAACGCCGACGUCAGCAAUAGCCAGUACCUGCAUGACUGGUGCGGCCUGCAGAUAUGCUCACCACUGAUGCAGAUAGACUCGCUGCCUGACUUUGGAGACAUGACCACUGCCCUAGUGAACCUGCGCGAAAACUUCUGCAUCCGGCUCAACUCGAGCUGCGGUACACACCUACACGUCAGCAUCGGCAGCGACGGGUGGCGAAACGAUCUGGUGGCGCUCAAGAAGAUGGCUACGCUACUCUGGCUGGGCGAGGCGCACCUCGAGGUUCUCAUCCACCCGGUCCGUCGCAGGACCAACGCCGACCUCCGCCGCAUCACCGAGUCCUCGACCCUGGCAGGCCUGCGCAUGCGCAAGCGCCACUGGAAUGUGGGAAAGGUGGGUGGGCCAAGCAACAGGUGGUUCCAACAUCUCCGUACCAGCCACAGGCUCCUCUGCUCAGACCAAUGGGCGCGCAUCGCCUUCAUCUGGAAGCAGACGACGGCCGAUAAGCUGCAAUCGCUACUCCAGGUGCCGGCCAGGGGGAGCCAGGCCAAGGCCAAUUUCGUCUUUGACAUGAAGAAAGAGAGUAGGGGAGGCAAGGGCACUGUCGAGUUCCGCCAGAUGGAAAGCACAAUUCACCCGGAGAUCAUCGAGAAAUGGGGCAUCGUCGUGACUUGUCUCGCUCGUACGGCAGUCGACGGUAACAACUUUGGCCUGUUUGUUGACAUCUGCGAGGGACUGGCCUGCGAUGGGCAUGCCGAUUAUCACCACGUCAAGUUCUUGAGUGACGUUGGUGUUGACCAUUCCACCCUGAGUGCUUUGGCUAUCAAGGAGACAAUAGCCGAAGAGGAGCACAAAGUCGUCAACGCCCUCUUCACGAGGGGUGCAUUCGGCACCAACGACCCUAGUAUCCCGCUGCCCUACCGUGUGAAACAAGGUGCUGAGUCCGAACUGAUGCACGACAAAACCUUUUUUGGCAAUGAACCCUGUCUGUCAGAGGACGGG